CAAGCAAGAGGCCACAGUAAGCCGCGAGCUGGCUGAUCAGAGACGUUAAUAUCCGUAGUUUUAAAACCGCGAGCAAGUGAUUUAAUUGUGAUCCUCAAACUGACAAUGGAGUGGAAUAAUACGUAUACAUUUGAAAGGACUAGCGAAAGAGUAAAAAGCAUGAGACAUUAGCUUCCUUUAUAUUUACCCAUACAGUGUACAGUACAUUUAUGGAUAAUGUUUAAUUAAUCUUCUUUACUCUUCCCUACUCUUCAUUGUAUUUUCUAGACUUGGAUCCCACGCCUCCAUGUAAUACCAGUUUGCUUGGAUCCUCUCCUCUGCCACGAGUAGUCCGACUUAAACUACUUAGCAAAUGUAGAGUAGCUUAGUCACUGUGACUUAUUCUUACUGUGUAUAAAUUUUAAUGUAACAAGAAACUGUAGUCCUCUUCUAUCCAGUGGGAUUUUUUAUUUUAUAAAUUUUAAAAGUAAAAGAAAAAGAAGAAGAAGAAGAAUGAGAAGAAGAGACAGUGGUGGUAAAGAAGGAGAAGAAUAAGAGUAAGAGAAAAUAACGAUAGAUUCUCUAAAGAGUCCCAGUAUCCCGUUCACUCUGGACCCAUUCGGCCGUAAACCAGUGUCGUCUCCACGAGUUACUUUUUAUUAUAGACAUAUAUAUUUGUCACUUAAAAAUCAAAAUUUAACAAUAGUUUGAUGAAUUAAAAAAAAUUUGGUUGCCAAAAGUACAAAUUUCGUGUUGAAAAAAAAAAAUUCAUUUUUGUUUUUUGAAUUUUGAAUUGUGAACAGAGGAUUAAUUGUUUAAAUAAGUGAAAAUAGAGUUCACUGGCCUUCGGCGAAGGUCUUGUAUUAAAUCAUCAGAGAUUUAUGAGAACGGAAACAAGUGUGAGAAUACACGUGUGUUUAAACUAUUAAUAAAAAAUAUAUACUUUUUAGUAAAAAUAUUUACAGAUUUAUUUUAAUUUCUUCUAAUUAUCGAAAGAGAAAUUGUUAAUAAUUUAUUAAUUAAUAAAUUAAUUAGUUAGUUAAUCAGUUGAUGUUUAAAUAAAUAUAAGUAUUUAUAUGAUUUAUAAAAAAAUAAAAAGAACCGUAAGCAGACUUAAAUCCGCGGUUUAACGGUUUCGAUCCUGGCGUUAAGUAAACUUUUAUUUGCACCUCAUUGACUAGUAUCCGUUAAACGUGAAAAUAUUUAAGUGAAAAAUUACCGAGUUUAAACAUUUAUUUGUCAUUCAUUGUUUUAUUUCACUAGCCUCGGAUGUAUCAUAUAUUUUAGACAUAUAUGUAGAUAAUUAAGUGGUCGGUUUUAUUUUCUAAUGAAAUUAAUAAAAGUUUAUUUGAAACAAUUAAGUGCUAUGUUUUUACACGCUAAUAAACACCGUGUAUUGAAAUAAAAAAAUUAAAAAAAUGAUAAGAAACAAAUGGAUGUUUUAUGAUGAUAAAAAAAUUGUUUAAAUAAAAAUAUAAUAGGCUUUUUAAUUAUAGAUAAAAAAAUAAUGAUUGGAAUAAAAUUAAAUAUUUUAUUGGUGACGAUAAAAUUAUUAACGAUAAAUAGUAGUAAAGAUGAUUAUUGUUAUGAAAAGCUGGAGUAUAUUUGUUAUGGUAAUAACAAUAAUAAUAAUAAUAAAAAAUUUGAGAGGUAACGGAUAAUCUGAGUGAUGAUUAGACAUCGCGGAUUAAAAAGUGCCAUUUACGGCCUAAUUUCGGGCAUUAUUAUUGGGCUAUUUAUGUUUAAUUAUCAGCAUGUUAAUCAAACGCAAUUUUAUAAAGUAAAUAAACAUUCGUCAUUAAUGAUAAAUAGUAAUGAUGAUAAAAUAUUUCGAGCAUUUGUUAGAAAUGAUGAAAAUAUGACUGAUAAUAAUAGUAGUAGUAGUAGUAGUAGUAAUAAAGAUGAUAAUGAUAAUGAUAAUUUGGUAAUUGUCGGUGUGAUGACAGCGGAAAAAUAUUUGAGCACACGUGCGAAAGCUGUUUGGGAAACGUGGGGCAAAGAAGUACCGGGUAAAAUAAUAUUUUUCUCAUCGGAAGAAUCAAAAGUACCGGAUAAUUGUCGGGAUUUACCAUUAGUUGCGCUGCCGACAGUCGAUGACAGUUAUCCCCCUCAAAAGAAAUCAUUUUUGAUGCUCAAAUAUAUGUGGAUUAAUUACGGCGAUAAGUUUGAGUGGUUUAUCAGAGCGGACGAUGACGUUUAUAUCAGAACUGAUAGACUUAAAAAAUUGCUGAGGUCUGUGGACUCGACGAAGUCUAUGUAUAUAGGACAGGCCGGAAGAGGAAAUUCUGAAGAAAUUGGACAGCUGGCGCUUAAUUAUGAUGAGAAUUUUUGCAUGGGCGGUCCGGGGGUGAUCAUGUCUAGGGAGACGAUGAAGAAAGUUAUUCCUCAUGUCAAGGAUUGCUUGAAUAAUCUUUACACGGCGCAUGAGGAUGUCGAGUUGGGGAGGUGUGUGAAGAAAUAUGCGGGGAUUCCUUGCACUUGGAGUUAUGAGAUGCAAUCAAUACUUUAUCACAAUAGUAGCGGGGAUCAAUCAUUUACUGGAAAUCUCAAAAAACGUGAAGUACAUCAGGCGAUUACAUUACAUCCAAUAAAAAGCCCGCCUUAUAUGUACCGUCUUCAUAAUUAUAUGCGGGGUUUGAAAAUUCAAGAUUUGCAACACGAGAGAAUAAAAUUACAUCGUGAUAUUUAUUCAAUGGCUGAAUUACUUGGAGAUAAUAUAAAAGACUUUAUAAGCAGCCCGAUAGCGGACAAUGUUCGACUGUUUGCGAAACCGGAUACAGAAAAUUAUUUUGGAGAUACGCUGAUGCUUGGAAUACCAGCGGGCUUGAGAAGCUUUAAACCACAAUCUGAGGACGAAGUUAUCCCAUGGGAUUUUAUCUCACGGUCGGAGUACAGUUUGGGUGAUUUAAAUCCGCGAAGAAGGAUACACAGUGAUGUUAAAGAAGGAUUGGAGGAUAUAACGCGAGAAGUUAUGGCUUCAAUCAAUUCUUGUUCACGACAACGCGGUAGAGUUGUUGAGGAACGAUCUAUGCUGUAUGGUUACAGGCGAGUUGAUGCCUAUGGGGCAGACACUAUUUUAGACCUUCUGCUAGUCUAUCGAAAGUAUCGAGGGCGAAAGGUUACACUUCCCGUUAGACGGCAUGUUUAUGUUCACCAACAUUUUACUGGAGUUGAAGCGAGAGAAGUUGUAGGCGACGAAGAAGUCGACGGCGGAUAUUUAGAGUCGCGUCAGAGGACGAGUAAUAAUUUUUACCCGAGUUUUUUAUUUAAUUCGGCGAGUAAAUUAGAUCCGGUUGAAGAUAAGGUUAUUAAUUUUGUGGUGCCGUUGGCGGGUAGAUUUAAAACGUUUGAAAGAUUUAUAAAUAAUUACGAGCAAGUUUGUUUGAUAACAAACGCCAAGACUGAACUUUUAGUGAUACUGUAUCCACAUAAACUUGAAGAUUCAAUAGACAGUACGAUUUAUUUAAUUGAUAGUAUUAAAUUUAAAUAUAAAAAUGCUAAAAUAAAAGUUAUAUUAGAUAGGAAUAAUUUAUUUUCACGCGCAAAAGCACUCGAUCAAGCUGUUAAGCAUUUAAACAAUAACGAUUUGUUGUUUUUUAUCGAUGUUGAUAUUGUAUUUACACACGAGGCUUUGCAUCGCGUCCGUUCGAAUACUAUUAUUAAUAGAAAAAUUUAUUUUCCGAUAGUAUUUAGUCAGUACGAUCCAAAUUACGUCAAUUAUCAUUCGGCAAAUCAUAAUUCUGAUAAAUUUAGUGAAAAUAAUAAUUACAGCGAAAAUAUAUUUAUUAUCAAUGAAGUAACCGGGUACUGGCGGCAGUUUGGGUUCGGUAUCGUAUCACUCUACAAACGAGAUUAUCUUAAAAUCGGUGGGUUCAAUUUAUCCAUCGAAGGAUGGGGCAAAGAAGACGUCGAUUUCUAUGAGAAAAGUGUCAAGUCCGAUCUGAUUGUCUUCCGCGCUCCAGAUAUCAAUUUAAUUCACGUUUAUCACAAAGUGACGUGCGAUGAAAAAUUGUCAAACAUCCAAAUGUCAAUGUGCAAAGGUUCUCGCUACGAGACACUGGCAAGUGCCGACACACUGACUAAAAUAAUUUGCAAUAACUCUGAUUAUUUGAAUUUCGCCAGCAACAGAAGAAAUAAAUUAAAACCUGGUAAUUAAUCAUCCGCUCCACUAUCUUAAUUCUUUAAAUUAAUUGAUUCAUUGAAACUGAUUUAUUACAAUAACGAUAAACUGUGAUUUAAAAAACAAAAAAAAAUAUUUUUUUUUUACUAGAUUACUAAAUAAAAAAUUAAUAUUUUACAUAAGUAUGUAAAUAUAUAUGUUUACAGAUAUUUUUAUAUCUUUCCACAGAUAGUGUUACUUUAAAUAAAUGUAAAAAAAAUAAAUACUCAUAAAUUAAUUGCGACACACUCAAUUAUGUAUAAAAUUAUUUUAUAAAAAUUAUAAAUUUAAUAAUAUUAAUUUAUCAAGUGUUCAAAAAAUAUUUUAUAUUUAAUUACUUUAAAUAAAUUUCGAGGAAAUUUAUCGGAUUCGUAUAAAUAAAUUUUUCAUUUUUUUUUGCACAAACUACCCAUGGGUGCAAAUCUAAAUUGUAUAAUAAGUGAUUAUUUAAUUAUGCCGACUAUUAUACAGAAACUCAUGAAAAAUAAAUUUUUGUAUUGAAAAUAUAAAUAAAAUUUUUUUUUUAAUGCCAAGCAAAUUUGUCUAGUCAAACCGGCCAUCAUAUUAAUGCACAAAGAAACUUGGCAACAUUUUUUUUAUGUAAUAUCGAUUAAUUAAUUAUUCAUCAAUAAAUACAUCAUUUAUAAUAAAUGUUUAUAUUUAAAUAAAUUUAAC